CAGCCUCAGCCUCCUAAGUGCUGGGUCUAUAGGCACUCACCCUCAGUGCCUUCAGAGGUUAAAAGGCCCAUGUGCUGGAGCCGGACAGGCAUCUUUGAGCCACCCGAUGUGGGUGUCUGGAGUUGAACCAUAGUUCCCUGGAAGGGCAGAAAAAUACUCUUAACUGCUAAGAUCUCUCUCCAACCCCGUUCCCUUUCUCUUUCUCAUCAGAGGGUCCUGAGAACCAUCUGUGGCUCCUGGGGAUCUCUCCUGCCCCGGCCUCAGGUACUUCUGGCGUGGAGCGCCGCUGGCACCUGCCCUGGCCCGGCCCCGGCUCGGCCGGGGCCCCGCGCAGGCCCUGCUCUUCCGGCAUUUAAGGCGCGCAGCCGGCGCGGCUGCAGCUCCGGGCGGUUGAGAGUCACAGCCAGCGGGACGCGCGAAGCAGGAUGGGCUGCAGGCAAAGCCGGCACAGCCGCGGCAAGCGCGCAGAGAAGGUGGAAGAGACACAGACAGAACUCCUGGAGGCACUGGACAAAGAAGGAAGGAUCCUGGAAGGAAGGCAUGAGGAGGCUGGGCAAGUCCCGCAGACAUCGAAUGCACAGGAGAAAGUCUCUCUUAGUGAUUGCAUCCAAGAGGCCAAAGCCUCGUUGCAGAACACCUGUGCAAGUCAUGUCUCACCACAGGAGGCCACGCAAGCCAAGAUGAACAAGGUGGACGGGUCCAUCCUUAGCCGACUCUAUAGAAACCACAUCCAGGAUUAUGGGAGUCCUGGCCCAUUCUGGGAGCAAGAGCUGGAGAGUUUACACCAUGUUAUUGAGAUGAAGAAUGAACGAAUUCACGAACUUGAGAAGCAGCUGUUCCUCCUGGAGAUGCUGAAAGAAAAAAAUCUGAUCUUAGCACUGAAAAACACCACCCUGCGGCAGGAGGUUGAGGACCUACAAUUCCAAGCUGGGAACAGGUUGACCAUGUCAAGGCAGCUCCGGAAAGACCUACUUCAGGACCUUGAAAAGGAGUCACAGAACGGCCACUGCUGCAGCAGACGGAGGAGCCACUGAACCAUCUGAGUCCUUGAGGCUAGCACCUCCUCCAUCUUACCUUGCCUUCUGCUACACCUCAAAGGCCUCUGCCCUCCGUGUAAAGGUGCAGGGCCUGGGCCCACCAUGGUUUCCAGACUCACUGCCCCCUCCAAAGACUCUGUGGAGAACAAAGCAAGAGCCACUCCAUUCUUCUCCCAGGAUGGACAAGGUGGGGGGAGAAGGGACGCUUCUACAAAGCUGAUGGGGAAGUUUGGACCACCGAGACCACCCCAAGAAGUGCCUUUCCUUAGUCGGCAGCAGGGAACAAGCAGGCAGUUAUAUUCCUCUCUUUGCUCUGUCCUCAUGAGGGCAUUUAAGACUUCUCCCGUGGCAGCUGGAGCCAUUUGCACCGUCUGACAAAGAGGGGACAACCCCAAUCCCAGAUCAUCAGUUUUGCUGACAAUUCACCAACCUAUCAAGUUCUUAGUGCCACACCCAUAACUCUGACUCAGAGAAAAACUGCAAGAGACACAAUCCAAGAAACAGGAACACAGUGUUGUUUUUACUGAGUAGAGAGCAUCCUAACCUUGAACUCAAAGUCACUCUGCCUCAGCCUCCGGAGUGCUGGGAACAUGGGCAUGUCCCACCACAUCUAGCCAGAUAAAAGGUUGAAUUUGCUGUAGAGCUAAUAAGCACUGUUAGUAUUUUUAAGCAUAUUUAUCUAAGGUCUUAAUGUGAAGUUAAAUUUUUUUGUUAAAAUAAAACUCUAUUUUCAUGUUCUUA